AUGUCGUUUACGAACUACGAAUUCAAGACCGCCCUCGUGACAGGUGGUGGCGGUGGCAUCGGAAAGGCGCUUGCGCAACAGUUGAUAAAAGAUGGGAAGAAGGUCAUCAUCGCCGGCCGCACAGAGUCGAAACUGCAAGAAGCCGCAAAAGAGAUUGGAGCAGCAGCUUACUACGUGCUUGAUACUGGAGACGUCAAGUCUAUUCCGGCUUUCAUCAAGAAGCUGAUAUCCGAGCAUCCUGACCUCGAUUGUCUCAUCAACAAUGCCGGUGUGCAGCGGCCGCUCGACGUCAAUGAAAUGGAUCCAGAGGAGUUCGGCAGUAAAGCCGACCAGGAAGUCGAUAUCAACAUCCGUGGGCCAAUGCACCUUACACUUCAUCUGCUCUCACACUUCAAAUCCAGACCAAUGGCACUGGUUGUCAACAUUUCCUCCGUUCUUGGAUUCGUGCCGUUCUCUAUCAUCAAUCCCGUAUACUGCGGUACAAAAGCGUGGUUGCACUUCUGGUCGAUGGAUCUACGAGCCCAGCUAAGAGAUACAAAGAUCAAGGUCAUUGAGAUUGCGCCACCCACUGUAGCGACAGACUUACAUCGCGAGAGGAAGGACCCAGAUGACAAUAAAAAGGAGAAGAACAAAGCUGCGUUGAGUGUGGAGGAGUUCACCGAGGAAACGAUAGGAAAAUGGAAGAAAGGAGAUGAGAUGAUCGCUGCUGGCCCCGCAAAUAAGAUUGUAGAUACUUGGCAAGAGAACAUGGGGCCCAUCUUCCACAGUAUGGCUAAAUAG